UGACUUUUUCUUGUAAUAUGGUGGCACAAAAAUCCCUCCAUAGAGACUCUGAUAGUGAGUCAGGACUGAAGUGAUAUGAUUUUGUGGGGGGAAGGGAAGAAGGAAAGAGGGAGAAGAAAAACGAAGGCAGACCCAAAGAGGGCUGCAGAAAAAAAAAAAGCUUUCACAACAAUAAGACGCAAAUGAAGAAGCUUUUAGGCUCACACGAUUCUGCAAAAGUCAGAAGAUUUGGGAGUUGCUUUUCUUAUGCCAAAGCAAAGAGCUUUGUGACACGAAAAGCUCUCCACGCGGUUGCAUAACCUGCUGUGGGUGUGUGUGCACACAUGCAAGUGUAUGUGGGCUUGUGUGCUUGCCAGCCUUUCAUAGUGAAUAAAUGUGUCAUGGUUUUUACUGCACUUUGCCAGAGAUUAACUGUUCACCUUUUACGGUCUGGAGGGAGGUGGCAUUGUCAGGAGGAGGAGGAGGGGUCAACAGAUGGUAACGCUGGGGAGGGAGGGAGAUAAAGGAGGAAAAAGGAGUGGCCUUCUGGAGCCCCUCUCCACCAAGAGUGAAGUCUUCUGCUCGUGGGAGGGAAAAUAAACCAGAAGGUUUGAGAUACAGAGGAGAAAGGAGACAAAGGGCUGUCUCUGAACAACGUUUUCCCACAGUUUGUGUGAGAGCUUCCUCCAUCAUGGCAUCAGCAGCCCCCCCAAAGAGGAUGGUGUCCUCCGUCUUCAUCACUUUGGCGCCUCCUCAUCGAGCCACUGUCACCCAGCGGCAGCCCUCCCUCAAAGCCUACAGCUUACAGCCGGGCGCAGAGACGCAGGACACGCCUUCCAGGGCCGGCCCGGCGGGCAGCUUACCUGUCUUCAGACGCGGGUCAGAGGACCACUCACCCUCCGACUCCUGCGGUUCUGUAAACGGUAAAAGCCGGACUCGUGCAAAGGCCUGGACUCCUGCACCUGCACGAACCGGACUGCAGGAAAAUGUAGACCAAACUAAGAUAGAGCUCUUUCCUCCUCCUCCUCCUCCUCCUCCUCCUCUCGAUGUACGGCAUCCAUCUCCACAAACGAUGCCUUCUGAAGCAAAAGAAGCCGCUCUUCUGCCAGCUCCUCCAGCACAAACGCCUUCUCAUCAUCAUCCAGAUCAGCAGCCAAUACAACAGAAAGAGAUGGAAAGAAUCACUCCACCUUAUGGCAUAAGAGAAGAAGAAAAAGAAGAAUCCAAUGGAAUAAGACACACGACUGGAGAAGGAGCAGGCAGGGAGAGCAGCGACUUGUGCGGCUUUUGUCGGAAACCAAUAGCCCUCUUUGAAACUGCCAUUGAGGCUCUGAACAGGACUUACCAUGCCGGUUGUUUCCAGUGCAGAUCUUGUCACAUUCCUCUGGCUGGUAAACUCUACUACAACAAAGCAAUGAUCCCUAUCUGUGAGGAAUGUUACCAGGCCAGUUUGGAGCUUUGUUGGGCAUGUGGGGAGGCCAUCAUAGACGACAUCAUCCAUGCACUGGAGCGACCAUACCACCCUUCCUGCUUCACGUGCACAACAUGUCACCAGCAGAUCGGAGAGCAGACUUUCGCUCAAGGAGAAGUUGGAGAAGUUUACUGCAUUUUGGACUACUACAGGAAGUAUGCUCCUGAGUGUGGUGUCUGUAAUCAACUAAUCAUUCCCAAAGAAGACGGUACUGACAGCUACAUUGUUGAAUGUCUGGGUCGUUCUUACCAUGAGAACUGCUUUAGGUGUGAGGUCUGUGUCAUCAAGCUCCCCCACGAGCACGGCUGCUACCCGUUAGACGGCAAGUUGCUUUGUAAGCCUUGCCAUGUGAACUUGGCCUCGGGGGUGCAGUGAGGUGAAACCACUAGUGGAGGGAAAGAUCCCACAAGCCCAAGCCUGUUCCACACACUGAGAGACGGCGCACUGAAGACAGUUCUAUGAAUGUCAAACACUUUCUUCAGUUGUUUUCACACCAGUUCUUACCCACAUCUUAUACUUGAUAAUUUUGCACUCUUUUAAAAAAAAAGCACCAAAAAUAUUUAUAGAACCUGACAGAAAAGACAUAGCAAGAAUUUGUAGACUUAGAAUGAUCUCCAGUGGUUUAAUAGUAUAAAAAAUAUCCAGAAGAGUAAAUGACUCCAACAGGAACCUAUCGUGUGAUCAGUCUCUGUUUAAUGAGUUUCUCAUCUUUUUAAAGCAGAUUGAAAACACAGAUUUUAAAAUAAACUGAAUUAAAAAAUUAGAUCACUGAAUUAUUUAAUGUGUAUUCAUUAAAAUGGCUUCUGCUAUA